GCCUUUCCUUCUCAGUUUCACUACAACUCCUCCCUGAGGCUAUUAUACUCUCAGAUAUCUCAAACAUGGUAAACCACCUGGUACGAAACGAGUCGUUUUCCGUCUUUCCCACAUUUCUCCGAUUUUUCGGCUAUUAACUUUACCGAGUGCAGUGUUUGCAGUUCUAAUUUUCUCUACUCAGGAACAUAUUUCUGGUGUCCCUCCCCCCCGAUUCUGAACUCUAGAGCUUUGAGGUUCUUGUGAUUCUACGUAGCUAAUCACAUUGGGGUGGAACUAGUCCACCGUUACUGAAACUAUGGUUGUAGGCUUGAAAGCAAAGAACAGGCGAAGCGCCUCGGUCCAAAUAAAUUAUUUAAUCCAUGUAGAGGAGAUCAAGCCUUGGCCCCCAUCACAGUCACUUAGAUCCCUCCGUUCCGUUCUGAUUCAAUGGGAAAAUGGUGAUCGAAAUUCUGGGUCUACCAACAUUGUUGUACCAUCACUUGGCUCAGUUGUUGUUGAGGGAAAGAUUGAAUUCAAUGAGUCUUUUAGGCUACCUGUGACCUUGUUGAGGGACAUGUCUGUCAAAGGUGGUGACGCCGAUGCAUUUCAAAAGAAUUGCUUGGAGUUUAACUUGUAUGAGGCAAGGAGGGACAAGACUGUGAAGGGCCAGUCGUUGGCGACUGUCAUCAUUGACUUGGCAGAUUAUGGUGUUGUGCAAGAUGCCUUAAGCAUUAGUGCUCCAAUGAACUGCAAGAGGAGCUAUGGGAACACAGAUCAGCCAAUUUUAUAUAUCAAAAUCCAGCCUCUUCGUAAGGGUCGCACUAAUUCUUCGUUGAGGGACAAUCAGUCAAGAGGCGUGUCGCAGAAUGAUAAUGGUGGCGGAUCUGUUUCUGCCUUGAUGAAUGAAGAGUAUGCUGAGGAAGCAGAGAGUGCAUCUUUCACCGAUGAUGAUGUUUCAUCACACUCAUCUCAAACAAUUGCUUCUACUGCUUUUGACUCUAUUGGGGGCUUACCUCCUCAAGAGAAUGGACCAGACAUGGUGAGGCAUGGCACUGGAGGGGGCCACAAGGAGCAUGCCUUAGCUGCAAACCUGAAGCUUGAAAAAUCUAAUAUGACAUCAUGUAUUGGAUCACAAGAAAAUCCGAAGGGGAGUUCAUCUCGCUCAUCAUCAACAGACUUAUCCUCUGAUCUGGGGAGUCCAGUAAAUGGUCCUGCUUCUGUACCGAACUUUCCUAACUCUAUUUCAACAUCAAUCCAACAACAUGUUGCUUCCAAUGGUUUUCACUCUUCAUCAUCAUCCUUGGUGUAUGAAAAUAUGGAGGAAGAUUCUGAUGCCAGCAUUCAAAGUAAUGACAAUGGACAUUUAGCUCUGGAAGUUCACGAAAAGAUUAGUAAUACCACAAGUGUAGUUUCAGGUGAUGGCGAGCGGAACAUCAAGGAAAAUGUACCUAACAGUUUUGUAGCAUCCCCAGACAAAAAUUCCCAGAUGGUUGAGAAACUGGACUCCUCCAAGUAUAGUGAUUCUCAAGUUAAUGGAAACAAUGAUGGGAAGGGUUGGGAAAUUGGUAGCGAUCACUUGGAGGAGGCUGAAACCACAGAUGAUUACUUUGAUGGUUCUACGGAGGACAAAGAUGGAAAGGAACCCCAAGAAAAUGGAGUUGAAAUAGAAAACUUGGAUGAGAAAACAGUUUUUACAGAAGAUGAACCAUCAGUCACCGGAAGUGCUACCAGAGGGCAAGCCUCUUUGGAAGGUGAUGCAUUUUCUUUAAGCAGUGGAAGUCUUGGAAUGAAGAGUAAUAUCCUUAAAAAUGAGAGAUUAAAAAAUGUAAAGUCUGUUAGGUCAUCAACAGACUUAGGUAGGACCAAUGGAUCAGUAAGUAGUAAUCAGCACACAGAAGUAACAGAAGCUGGUGUCCUGGGAGAUACACAGUACAUUGGACGAAGCCUCAGAAGCAAUGAAAGGAAAGAUGCUAAAGUUUAUCCAAAGGAUACAAAAAGUGCUCUUUUAGAUAGCAAAAUCCAGCAAUUGGAACACAGAAUAAAGAUGCUUGAGGGUGAGUUGAGAGAAGCCGCUGCUGUGGAGGCUUCUCUUUAUUCAGUAGUUGCUGAGCAUGGAAGUUCCAUGAGUAAGGUCCAUGCUCCUGCUCGGCGCCUUUCAAGGCUGUAUCUUCAUGCUUGUAGACAAAGUUCUCUAUCAAGGAAAGCAUCUGCUGCUAGAAGUGCUGUUUCAGGACUAGUUUUGGUGGCAAAAGCAUGUGGAAAUGACGUUCCAAGAUUGACAUUUUGGUUGUCCAACUCGAUUGUCUUGAGAACAAUUAUAAGCAAAGCCAUUGGGGACCGGGAGCUACCACUGCCUGCUGAAUCUGGUAUUGAAAGGAAUGGUGGGGUAAAGGUGGAUAACAAGGUAUCAUCCCUAUUAAAAUGGAAAGUGUCUUCUCCUGGCAUAAAAGAAAAUGCAAAAUCUUUUUAUGGAAGUUUUGGCAACUGGGAGGACCCACGUACGUUUACAUCUGCAUUAGAAAAAAUAGAAAGUUGGAUCUUCUCCCGAAUUGUUGAGUCUAUCUGGUGGCAGACUUUGACUCCACAUAUGCAGUCUGCUGCUGCAACAACAAUUAACGAAUGUUUGGGUUCCAGCUCAAGGAAAACCUAUGAAAGGUUAUCUAGUUCAGGUGAGCAAGAGCAAGGGAACUUUGCAAUAGACCUUUGGAAGAAGGCUUUCAGGGAUGCCUGUGAAAGACUUUGUCCUGUCCGAGCUGGAGGGCAUGAGUGUGGCUGCUUGCCUCUGCUGGCUAGAUUGAUAAUGGAGCAAUGCGUGGCCAGACUGGAUGUGGCAAUGUUCAAUGCUAUCCUUCGUGAAUCCGCUGAUGAGAUCCCAACAGAUCCUGUAUCGGACCCUAUCAGUGAUUCAAAGGUUCUACCUAUUUUUGCUGGGAAAUCAAGUUUUGGGGCUGGUGCACAGCUGAAAAAUGCGAUUGGAAAUUGGUCUAGAUGGCUGACUGACUUAUUUGGUAUGGAUGAUGAUGACACCGAUGAGAGAGAAUAUGCAUCAUUCAAGUCUUUUCAUCUGCUUAAUGCAUUAAGUGAUCUCAUGAUGCUUCCAAAGGACAUGCUUUUGAGUAAAUCCGUCAGGAAAGAGGUAUGCCCUUCAUUUGGUGCACCAUUGAUCAAGAGGGUUGUCGACAAUUUUGUUCCAGAUGAGUUUUGUCCGGACCCAAUUCCAGGCGUUGUACUUGAAGCACUGGACUCAGAGGAUCAUUUCGAGCCAGGGGAGGAGUCUCUGAUGAACUUCCCAUGUGCAGCGGCUCCUAUAGUUUAUUCACCACCUCCGGCAGCUUCAGUCGCAAAUAUUAUUGGAGAGAUUGGAAGCCAAACUCACCUGAGAAGAAGUGGGUCCUCGGUGCUCAGGAAAUCGUACACGAGUGAUGAUGAGCUUGACGAGUUGAAUUCACCCUUGAGUUCUAUAUUCAUUGAUGGCUCCCUUUCAUCAGCAGUCCCAACAAAGCCCAGCUGGGUAUCAAAGGGAAAUGGCAAUCAAGAUGCUGUAAGAUACGAACUGCUUCGCAGUGUGUGGAUGAAUAGCGACUAGCGCAGUAUGUAUAUCACAGGUAUAUAUCAAAUGUAUCUCCCUUUUUUUUUUCUCUUUGUAUUUGGAGUUCUGAAUUUGUUCUCUGGUUUUGGUUUCACCAUCGUACUUGAUGUUUCUGUACAAAAAAGGUAAUUGUAGUAGAAAAACUCCAAAACCUUUGAACUCUCGGGGUGAACCAACCCUGUCAGCGGGUGAAAAUAAUAAGGGACUGGUUCCGGUCAACACAUCAUUAUGUCGUUGAUUUUAUUAUUUUAGCGUUUGAUUUUUCC